AUGAUCUUCCACGUCUGUGACUUCCUGCUGCUCCUGCUGCUCCUGCUACCGCCACCCCUGGGAAGUGGCCCUGCCCUGGCCAGGGGCCUUUCCAGGCCUCUUGAGGACUCAGAACCACUCCCAAUCCCGGGAGCUCACCCCAAGGGCCCCAUGGGCACAAACCCCCAGGCCCUUGAUGUUCUCUGGGAGAACCCAAGAGAUGAGCGCUUCUGGAACUCUGGUGUCCCCCAGGUCCCUAUCAAAGAGUCACCUGAGAAGCCCACAGAUGCUCCCCCUGACCCAGCCCUGCAUGGACCCAAAACAGUCCACUGGACUCAGGGAGAGGGACUCCCAGUUACUGACAACCUCCAGACAGCACGAGGGCCCAGCUUCCAGGGAUGGACAGGACCUCCUGACUCCCAGGAUCCUCUGGAGCAGGAGACCGUAGUCCCCUAUCCAAUAAGGCCUCCCCGUCUGACUUUCUUUCCCACAGCUCCCAGACUCCAACUCAGGCUAGCCACAGUUCCACCCUCCCCGAGGGAGCCUGGAGGCCAGGCAGGACAGCAGCUACCUAGAGAUGUGGGUCUGACAGAAGAAGACAGGAUCAGGGUUCUGGAAAUACCCUCCUUGGACCACCAGGGCUCUCCCCACACUCCUGGGCCUCCCCGGGGCACUGUAAGGAGUCCAGUCUUGACUGAGCAGGGUUGGGGAGAGGAAGACUUCCUGGAAACAGUUGGAGGCCCCCUCUUUACCCAGCAGCAUCCAGCAGCCCCUGAUGUUGACUCAGUGUCCCUAGUUGAAGGAACAUCCUCUCAAGAUCCUGGGGCCCAGUCAGACCUGGCAUUGGCCAGAAGCCUUCCUCCUGCUGAGGAACUGCCAGUUGCGCCCCCAAAAAAGGCUGGAGCUGGGAACAACUGGGAAGUCAACUUUCCAGCCACCCCAUCAAAAAAGGUCAACCUUCCUGAUGCUAAGGGUUCACCUGGACCCCAGCUCUCAGGCCCCCCAGCCUCAGAGGCUCCUGACGGACAGCCCAGUCCAGAGAUAGCAGCAAUGAAUGGAGCAGAUCCCAUCUCUGCCCAGCGGGUGAGAGGGGCAGUGGAGACCCCAGGUACCCCCAAAUCCUUCAUCCCUGGACCCUCAGACUCUGGCACAGCUACAUAUGGAACAGAGAGCCCUGUAGGAGCCCUACAUCCAGAUGAAGCCGAGGAGUGGCCGGGGCGACCUCAAAGCCAUCCCCCAGCACCCCCAGUCCAGGCCCCCUCAACCUCCCGCCGGGGCCUCAUUAGGGUCACCACACAGCGAGCCCUGUCACAGCCACUCCCUCCAGAGCCCUCAGCCAGCGCCAUGACGUCAGCUCCAGCGUCCAGCCCCCCAGCCAAUGUCACUGCACCCCCCCUGCGCUGGGGGCCCUUGCGGCGAGUACUGAGCUUUUCUUGGGAGCUGCAUGUCUACGGAGUGGGGGCACUUUUCCUGCUGCCAGCGUUGUUGGCGCUGGCCAUUCUGGCAGCUGCUCCUGCAGGGCCUCGGCUGGCACUGGUGGCAGCAGUGCUGGUGCUCUUGGCGUCUGGUCUUCGUUCAGCCUACAUGUUUACCGACCCAUACGGCUCGCAGGCGCGGCUAGGUGUACAUGCCGGCCUGAUGCUCUACAAUCUACCCUUCCCCUUGCUGCUCACAGCGCUGGCAGCCCUGACCCUGCUGGGCCUGGGCGUCGGGCUGCCACCGCUGCUGCAGAAGCCGCUCCUCCUGGCAGCAUUGGCGUCGUCACACGGCCUGGGGCUGCUUGCUGCAGACCUUCUGUCGGCGAGACCUACGAUCAACCUCCUGGUGCAGGGUUUAUCGUGCGCCUGGGGCGCAACCGUGACUCUGGGUACUCUCUGCCUAUGCCGGCGACGCCUGCUGGAUGGGCCAAGGGGUUGGGACACCAGCCCGGGACCACGACUGCUGGCCGUGGCAGGCGCUCUGGGGCUGCUGGCCAGCGGCUUGCAGCUGGCAGCCUCACUAUGGCUGUACCCCGGCCCAGGCCAAGUAGGUCGCUUCUCGUGGGCUUGGUGGGGCGUGCACUUCUGGCUGCGCCUGCUGGAGCUGACCUGGGCGCUGGCUCUGGCGCUAGCGGCGGCGGCUGCUGCGCGGCCCAGGCCACCCACGGAGCAUGCUUGCUGGGCUAAGUUGCUCCGCCUGGCUUGUCCUGUGCCAUCAGGCAAGAGCGAGGUGCCGGAGAGACCCAAUAACUGCUAUGCAGGACCCAGUGGCAUUGGCGCAGGCAGCUUAGACAUCGGCAAGACCCUCAUCCGAAACCCAGCAGAGGGUGGACUGCCUGCCACGCCCAGUUCUGGUGCCUGGGGCUCUGCUGCAUCGCUGGGCCGCUGUCCUCAGGUUGGCCCGGGACUGUCCCGUAGUAGUAUGGGGCCGGCACCGUCGCUGAGUGAGUUGGACUUCCGCCCACCGUCACCCAUCAAUCUGAGCCGAAGCAUCGACGCCGCACUCUUCCGAGAGCACUUGGUGAGAGACAGCGUUUUCCGGCGCUGUGGCUUGCGCGGCCUGCUCUCUCCGCCGCCUGGGGGCGCUCUGCGGCCGCGCCGAGGCAGCCACCCGGACUCAGAGCUCGACGGUGCGGGCUCUACUCUCUUACGCGGCCGCUGCCGGUCCCUCAGCGAUGUGCGCGUGCGUGGCCCAGUUCCACAGCACGUCAUGGACGAGGCUGACCGAGCAGCUGCCGCAGCUUCUGGCAGCUCCCUGGACAGCUUUUCCCGGGGUUCGCUCAAGAUCAGCUGGAACCCGUGGCGCCAUGGGCUGUCAUCAGUGGACAGCCUGCCACUAGAUGAACUGCCCAGCACGGUGCAACUACUGCCUGCUCCAUCCUCUGACCCUGUUUCUGCCCUCCCUCCUCGGCCUGGGGAGCCCCAAGGUGAGGUCCAGCCUCGCUGCAAACCCGGGGACUCCCGCAGCGCCUCCAGUGACACCAUUGAGCUCUGA